CAAGAUUCUGCAGGUGGUGAUGGCUCAUUUGGUCGAGAGAUAGGCUUGAAUAAUUCACGAGAUGAGGUUUCUGGUGACAGGAUACCUCCUUCAACCAAAGGUUUUGAUAAUACUUUCCAUAAGCGCCCCCAUGUAUCUCGGGUUUUAUCUUCACCUGAUGUCCAGUCAGACCAGCCAUCCGUACCCAGUGUCAAUCAAAAUAAUUUAAUAAAUCUCACAGCUAGUGAAGGGAGACGAGAACCGUCUACAAAUUCGUCAAUGAGUAGCAUGGCAGAUGCUCAGGCUGCUGGAAAGAAGGAGGUUCGAUUUAGAUCUUCUUCGUUCAGUGAAGGUGCGGUGUCAGAGACAUCAUUUAUAGACAUGCUCAAAAAGCCCGUUCUUGCUGAGGUAGUGGUGGAUUCGCAUGCAGGCAGUGGAGUUGGGAGUGAGUCAUCUGAUGCAGCACAAGCAGGUAGAGGCGGGAAAAAGAAAGGGAAGAAAGGAAAACAGAUAGAUCCUUCUCUUCUUGGUUUCAAGGUCUCCAGUAACCGGAUCAUGAUGGGUGAGAUUCAACGCCCUGAAGACUGAUAGUUAAUUGCUUGUAGAUUAGGUGUAAAAUUUUGCGAAUUUUUUUGUUUUUUUGGAUGAAAUGGUGUACAGUCCGCUAGAGCAUAGCUAUAAUGUCUGAAUACAUCUGUUUUUUACGAUAGGUGUAUAAUAGAUUUGCAUUUUGAAAGCGUCGACGAGUGUGUACAUAGUCAGUCAGUGAGUCACUGAUGAGUGUAUAUAAACGGGGAAGCUAUGCUUGUUAUAUGGUGGAUGAUUUUGGUGGGUGGGGGGAUAGACACAAUAGAAUCAAAGAGAAUUAAUUGUAUCCAUCGUGGUUUGUUAAAGAGUUAAAUUCUUAUUCUCUUCAUUUCAAAACUA